CCAAUAGAUAGAUAUAAAAUAAUCAUGAUAGAUGAUUAGUGAAGAAACACCACGUUUCAAAUAUAAAUCACUGUUAGUCAUUGGUGAUAAAACUAAUAAAAGGCUUAACAUUCCUGCUUUACAUUAGUUACUGAACAAAAUUCCUUGUGAAAGUGAAAGAAAUCGCGCCAAACAGUCAUUCGAGAGAACAAGGUCGUCAAAAAUCAAAUAAAAAAGUCCCAAACAAACCGAAGAGAACAAUAGACCGUAGCUUACAAUGGGCAGUAAUUCGUGAUUACAAUACAAACUUUCCGACUCGAUAAAAGUGUCCACAUAAAAAAAAUCGCAGCAAGCUGCCGUGUUAAAGAACAAUAAAAGCAAGUUUUUAAUGAGAAAAUAAAACCAUGGCGGAAAUUUAUCGUUGCGAAGAAGCGGCUAUGGAAAAACUGCAAGCCGUUCCGGAACCGGAGUGGAUUUUGGACAGGACCGGCACCGGGCCUCUGUAUUGGCGGAGAGAGUCCCCGGAAUGCAACUCCAGAGUAAAAUUCCGGUUCGACGUCGAAGUCAAGGAGUUCCAGCGUAGUGCUCACGAAUUCGAAGACUUGGAAUGGUCGCGAUGCAUUGAAGAUUCCAACACUUUAACCAUGGGUCUCGCGUGCAUUAUUUGCAUCACUGUAACAGUGAUGCUACCAUGGUACAUCAUGGUCGGAACCUAUUGAAAAUCUUUAGUCUGACAUCUGUGAUUGACCGACAGGACUUUGAACUGUUGACUUGUUAAAGGUCAAGGAGUGAUUGUGAUAUUAAAUAUUUAUUGAGGGUACCUAUGUUGUGAGAAAAAGUGAUAUUUAAUUUAGCCUUUGUUAAACUGCUUCCGAUGUAAAUAAAAUUAAGUCCAUUUUGUUUGUACGUGGGCCGAUUUGAAAAUGUUUGGUUGGGACAAAUGUUGGCUUUGGGAUAUAUAUACAGUUUCUUU